CCUAUCCAGUGGAGGCCAUGAUUUCAGCGAGGACCCUCUGCAGCCUGCUGCUCCUCAGUGUGCUCUGGGUGGACUUGGCCAUGGCAGGCUCCAGCUUCCUGAGCCCUGGGCAUCAGAAAGCCCAGCAGAGAAAGGAGUCCAAGCAGCCAUCAGCCAAAGUACAGCCGCGAGCACUGGAAGAUUGGCUCCGCCCAGAGGGCAAAGGGUGGGCAGACAGGACUGAGGAUGAGCUGGAGAUCCAGUUCAAUGCCCCCUUUGAUGUCAGCAUCAAGCUGUCAGGGGCUCAGUACCAGCAGCACUGCCAGGCCCUGGAGAAGUUUCUUCAGGAUAUCCUUGGGGAAGAGGCCAAAGAGGCCCCUGCUGACAAGUGACCCCGCAGGACUGGCCCAGAUGUGCUCACCUGGCUCUCCCAGCACUUCUGCAGCAACUUCUGAGACCCUUGUGAUAGCUUAAGAGGCGAAUAAAUGUUCAAACUUCGUGCCAAAUGUCCAAAUGGGACUUAUUCCACCAGAGGGAAACCUCAUAUUUUAAACUACUGAGGGAUGCAGAACAGGUUUCUGGAGAACAGAAGGGGAGGUAGGGAGGAAGACAGAUCCAGGCACUUAUAUAUGCAAGCUAUCUGAGGGCAGCACUGCUGCACCUGGAACGUAUAAGAACCAGCAGUGGCUGCUUGAACAAAGAAACUGUAGGUGACAAUACUGAAGUCAAUAUCCACUCCAGGUUAGUCACCAAGAUGAUAUGAACAAGAUGAUGAUAAUGCCCAAGAAUGAGUUUGA